GUUGCAUUGGCUAAUUUCUCCUGUGUUCGCUUUACAGGGACAGAUUUUAAGGUGGGAAGUCUCAGCAAAAGAUGAUGUGAUGAUAUCCAUCUGCAAACUGCCCCACUGCUCCCAUGCAGUGAUGUGUGGUGAUGAGGAUAUACAUUUGGCCGCAUCCAUCUUUGGACCUCCCUUGGGUUCUCCUGAAGGUGAAGGUCCUCUUGGAAAGAUGGAGAUCCAACAUACAUUGAUGCAAAUGGCAUCCCAACGGCGUACCAGAUGAGUAUAAAUUGGUUAACGAGAUUGCUGCAGGAUGGGAAUCCAUCUUGUUGUGGAUAACUGAAUCAAAACGUUGACAGAAUCAACUACAUACAUUACAAUGUACAGAAACUGGGUAAUUAUACGGAAGCAGGCUUUAUUGCCAUAAGGGAACAACCAGCUGCAACCUCACUCAUGACGUUCCAGAACCGCAUAGCGGUCGACAUGCUCCUGGCCGAGAAGGGUGGCGACUGUUCAAUGUUCGGUGACCAGUGUUGUUUAUUCCAAAUAUCACAGCCCCUGAUGGGUCACUCACAAGGGCCAUUCAAGGCCUCCGCACACUGAACCACAAGAUGAAGGAGUACUCUGGUAUAAACACAUCAGCCUGGUCUGAGUGGUGGGAAAAAAAAAAAAGUAUGGCAAAUCUAAAAACUUGGUGUUUUCUGUCCUAGUUUCUAUAGCUGUUUGCAGCUAUUCUUGCAUUGUGUGGAUGUUGUUGUAUUCCCUGCAUAAAGGCAUCACUUAACCAACUCAUAACCAAUGCUCUUGCCCCGACAAAUUCAAAAUUGGCAGAAAUAUAUCCACUAUUGGCACAACAGGGUAAUGACAGUGAUAUUGUUGACCACAAUGAUGACGUUAUGACUUCUCUUCCAGACCUGUUCUCUGAUCCAGAAGAUUACAAGUAAUUAGUGCUAUAUUUUCCUCAGAGUGUAACUAUGUAGAAUAAAGCCGAAAGGGCAAUCUAUUAGAUGAUGUGAGGAUUUGAGCAAAUGUAGGAUAAAGGGGAGGAUAAUGUAGAAAUAAUUGUAAAUAGAAUUAGUUCUUUCCAGGGAAAAUUCCGAGUUAGCAAAUAUUCUAGAAAUUUCCAUAUGUCCAACGAUCCACCCCAACAAAAGCCAAUGCAAUACAGUACAGCAAAAUAUGAAUGCAAGUCUCAGAAUUCACACAAAAACAAAAUAUUUUUCCGCACAUUAGGAAAAGAGGCACACGUUUGAUUCUAACAGCAUGUUUGAUUCAUGUACGAUCACAUCAUGGCUUGCAACAGAUUCACUGGUCUACCUGAGUGAGCCUCUCAUUUCUUGUAUUUGUGUAGUCUCAGUCAUCUCAAAUGAUUACGUAGUGAUUUAAGGUCAUUAAUAUAUCAGUGCCUUUAUGCAAAAUACCUCCUGGUUAAGAAUACCUCCUUAUAAAUUUGGCUGAUUUUCUCCUUUUACUCAAAUAGAAAAUAACUUACCAUAGUUUGAACACUACUGUAUGUGGGGCAUUAUACGCUAACUUUGUGCAUUCCUCAAUCUGUGAAUUCUAUUUUACAGAAGCAAAUCUGUUGCGCGUUGGCUCCGCUCCAGCACAGUACAGCUGGACCUCCUAUAUGUGACAGUUUUGUAGGCCGAUGACAGCUGGGAUGGGCUCCAGCACUCCCGUGACCCUUGUGAGGAUAAGCGACUAAGAAAAUGGAUGAAUGGAUGGAGGGAUGCCUGGAAUGUUCAUCCACUAAGUAAUUGUUCCAUAUCUACGAAGGAAAAAACAGUUCUGUUUGGAUCAGCAAAGAACCAGAGGCAAAAUCAUCACAAAUCAAGAACCUUUGUCAGCUGACUCAUCAGCCGCAGGCAGCCCAGGAGCCUCAAAUGCUGUAAUGAGUUCAGGAGCAGGGUUUCGGGCAGGAUUAGGCUCCUCUAGCAUGUCUUCUGGGUUUGUAACUGUUGAAGAAAAGAGAGAAGGGAGUCCAGGUACUGUAACUUUCUCUAAGGUCUCCAAAACCUACAGUACCGAUGGAUAUGGCCAACCAAUUAGAGGCUCGGCCUCUCCUAUUUUGAAGGAGAGGAAGAUCACAACCUCUUUGACAACGACUCACUCUGUUUUUGAUGGGAGUUCAAGCACAGACUCAUCUCCAGAGUAUUCCCGAAAGGAGUAUGGCUCCUCAAAGGCAAUGUCUGGCUCCACCACACGGGGGCGAUCUCAGAGCCGAGAGAGUGAAAUCCGAGCCAGGCUUCAGAGCGCUUCUCCUUCAGCAAGUUGGACGGAACUAGGAGAUGUGAAGCGUCUGCUGAGAGGAAGUCAGUCUGAGAGCACCAGCACCAUACAGUCUACCAAUAACUCUUUGCCCAUCCCCAAGAAGGCCAUUGUAGAAACUAAAACCACAUCUGAGACCAGCAGCACCAUUCCGCCUCCUAACAUCUCACUGGUCAUCCCCAAGAAAACCAGUGUGGACACAAGGAUUGUGUCUGAGAGUGCCAGUACUAUUCAGUCUACUAACAACUCCCUGCUUCUCCCCAAGAAGGCCACUGUAGAAACAAGGAUCGGGACUGAGAACUCAAAAUCAGGUUUCUCCACAGCUCCAGAUCACUAUGGUGGUGUAUGGCCUGGAAGUGUUAACAGCAGCUACAGCUACAAUACAAGUCCUAACAAUCUAACCACAACAUCAACUAUUUACCACUCAGGAGGAGGUGGAGGAGUUGGAGGAGGAGGAAGAAUAGUCGAAGGAGGUGUUCAGAACAAUAUGACCCUCAUUUCUCCCGCUGUGCAAAAUGGACUUUCAGUGAGCAGCAGCGUGCCAGUGUAUGGUGUUCAGAAUAACCUGAUCAGCACCAGCAGCCCCACUGUCCACUCUCUUCCUGGAACAAAUGCACAAAUAGUUUACGGUGUGCAGAAAAAUGUCUCUAGCCCUGGACACACCACAACCACAGUGUGCCCAAGGAGUCCUUCUAUUGAUGAGCCUCUGGGCAAAGAUUUUAAUUUUGCGAUAGUAGAAAAGGACAAUACACCAGUCAAGAAGGAGUCGGAGCGACUGGUCAUGACCACCAAAGAUACCGGAAAGCAGUUCAUGUCUGCUGCUCCUGCAACUUCUACAAUGUCUUCUGCUGCCUACUCUAAUGAUUCACUGGUUAGGGAAAAACAGAAACUGUCGAUGUCAGCCAGCUCAAUGAAUGAUGAAAAGGAAGCUAAAGCCGCACUCCUGAAAUUUGGCUCAAACGAUAAAGUUGGCUGUGCAGACAUGUGCAACGAUGGCUCGUGUUUUGGCUUGAGUCGGUGCUGCCGCUGCAGUUGGUGGAAGUGGCUCCUCGGCACCCUUCUCGGCCUCCUCCUUCUUCUUGGUCUCCUCUUCGGACUCAUCGCUUUGAGUGAGGAAGUGAAACGUCUCAAAAAACGAGUUGAAGCUCUGGAAACCAUCACUGGCGCUGCAUCAUCGAGGACUAGUCGUCUUUCUGGCUCCUCUGGCAUCAACAUUGUUGAUCCGUUGGAUUCCAAAUUCACAGAUAGGAGUUAUUCGGGUUCCACACUGACUCGCUCUGAUAACGGAAUUGGUAUAGGGAAUGCAAGGGGAUCGGGAGAGGACUUGCAGAGAGCUGUCCAGCAGUUGGUCAGAGCUGAACUACGUUCAGAUGCAUUUAGAGACUCAUUGAAAGGAGCUAAAGGAGACCCUGGGAUGAAAGGUGAUCCGGGUGUUCUUGGGCUUCAAGGUGAUCCUGGGUUUCCUGGUCUGCCAGGUCCUCCUGGACGUGUGGGCAACCCAGGAACAGAAGGACCGAGGGGUCCUAAGGGAAGCGCAGGUGAUCCAGGUUCUCAGGGAUUACCUGGUCAGAAGGGCUUGGAUGGGUUGACUGGCCCCCGAGGUGAGGCUGGGCUUCCUGGUUUUGAAUCUAAAGGAGAAAAAGGAUCUCGUGGCGAUCCAGGUCCAGUUGGUGCUCCUGGGCUUGUGGGGCAGAAAGGUACUCUUGGUCAAAAGGGUUCCCAGGGUGAUAUUGGGUUUCCAGGGCAAAAAGGAACGCCAGGCUUGCCGGGAACCAAAGGAGCCAUGGGAGAGAGGGGACCACGUGGUCCAGCAGGUGUUGCAGGUUCAAUGGGACCACCUGGUGUUAGAGGAACAACUGGGUCUCCUGGAAUUGAUGGUCUUCCAGGUUCUCCAGGAACUCAAGGGCCACCAGGUAUUGCUGGAAUUCCAGGACAGCCUGGUGCAAAAGGUGAAAUGGGUCCACCUGGUCAAGUCAUUUCUACAGGUGGCUCUGACAGGGUGGCCAUCCCUGGACCACCAGGACCGAGUGGACCUCCAGGUCCUCCUGGACUUCCUGGUUUGUCUGGUCCGAUAGGACCGACAGGAAACACCGGUCAAAAGGGAGACCGAGGAGAGAAAGGGGAGAGAGGAGAAGAGGGCAUCAGCAUCAGAAGUUCAGAAACUGUCAGUGCAACACGAACUGGUACUCUGUCUUCAUCGGCUGGAUUUAUGGGCCCACCAGGACCUCCAGGGCCUCCAGGAGUUCCAGGUCAUCAAGGUCCCCCUGGCAUUGGAGUACCUGGACCCAUAGGACCAAAAGGAGAGCCUGGAAACUUUGUGCCUUCAUCAGAAACCUUCUUUAGUGGACCACCGGGACCACCAGGACCGACUGGUCCCCAGGGCCCACAAGGUGAGCGAGGACUACGAGGUUACCAAGGAGAACAAGGUCAGCCAGGUUUGCCAGGAAUUCCAGGAGAACCAGGUGAUUCAGGAUUCUCUGGAGUCUCCCUGGGGGGUGCAUCAAGACGAGGACUGCCAGGGCCUCCUGGACCACCUGGUGCACCUGGAAGAGAUUGGAGGGCCGCAGGUUCAAGUGCCAUGGGCCAGUAUAUUGCAGAGUACAUUCAGAGUGGAAACUUUAAGCAAUCUCUGGUGGGACCUCCAGGGCCUCCAGGGCCUCCUGGUGUUCCAGCGUCCUCAGGUGCUGAGAUAGUGGAUGAUGUAGCAAAUCGAGUCAUCGCCUAUAUGCAGAGUCAGGGGAGAGGAUAUGGUGGGAUUUCUGGCUCGAUUAGCCUCACUGGUCAAGGUGGCUCCAUUUCUGUUGAUGACCUCAUCACCCUUUUACUGCGAGAGGAUGUGAGAAGAUAUGUGACUGGUCCUGCUGGUCCACCAGGGCCCCCUGGAGCGCCAGGUCACGGAAGCUAUAGAUUUGGUAUCCAAGAGGUGGCUGAACGUGUCCUCAGUUUGAUGAAAGACAGAGGCAUGUUGGGUGUAUCUGGACAUGGAAAUGGGUUUACAAGUGAGUAUCAUACUGCUGUUGGGCCCCAGGGGCCACCAGGUGUGCCGGGUCCACCUGGACCACCAGGAGCACCAGGAACUGGAAACUACUUGAGCUCAGAUGUCCGUGAAUACUUGCAAAGUAUUGCUGGUCGAGGUCCUCCAGGUCCCCCCGGUCCCCCCGGACCCGUGGGUCCACCUGGUCCAAUCUCUGAUCUUUCCUACACUGGUCUUGCCAAUAGUGAGACGAUUAGAGCAGAUAGACGAGAAUAUGUCAGCAGUGACAGGACAAGAGGAGGAAUGUUCGGCAUUCCUGGUCCACCCGGGCCUCCUGGACCCCCAGGAGAAAAGGGCGAUUCAGCUGUAUCUGGUGGUAUGAGCUGGAAUGUGGAUACUGGAGACUUCUCGAAUAUGGCUGUCAGAGUAACCGAUUACAUCAAAUCCCAAGGCCUGCUCCGGGAUGUUGUGAGGGAGUUUGGUGGUGCUGGUCAAGGCCCUCCAGGACCCCCUGGUCCUCCGGGAGCCCCUGGAUACAGCCAAUGGUUCGGUUCUCAAGAUAAUGUUGUGGAUGUGGUGGAAUACAUCAAAUCGCAAGGUCUGUUGUUUGACUCUGGGAGGGAUCAAUAUGGCCGUGCUGGGCAAGGACCUAGAGGACCACCUGGACCGCCAGGACCUCCAGGAUCCACCCAUUGGUUGGGUACUCAUGGAAAUGCAACAGAUCUGUUGGAAUACAUAAGAUCCCAAGGUGUGUUACGUGACAUUAUCAGGGACUACACCAAUCACAUUUUCCAAGGACCUCAAGGCCCACCUGGUCCUCCAGGUGUCCCAGGCCACAGUCGAGGAUUUGGUUCCAGUGUAAAUUACACUCAUCUUGUGGAAUACCUCCAAUCACGUGGUCUGAUUAGUGACAGAAGAUGGAAGAACUAUGAAUACGCAGUUCAAGGGCCACCAGGACUACCUGGACCACCAGGAGCCCCAGGCUACAGCCGAUUGUUUGGUUCCCAAGAAAACGUCACUGAUGUAGUGGAGUUUAUCAGAACACACGGUGCCAUCGUCGGAGCACCAGGGAGACCAGGACAAAAAGGGGAAAUGGGAUUCCCAGGCCCAAAAGGAGACAGAGGUGACCGUGGUCCUCCAGGCCAACAAGGGCCCAAAGGAGAAAAGGGUGACUUCUCAACAAUUUCAAGUAGAGCCAAGAGGCAUGUUGGUGUCUAAGGCAGGACUGUGGAUGACAAUGUUCUGAUGCAUAUUGUGUUUUGCAAUGGUAUAUGUAUGCAAUAUUAUUUCAUUACGACUGCAUCUGCUUUGUUGUCAGGUAUCAGAUAGAGUAGGAAUUUUAAAGCUAUACCCCAAACUU